AUGUUAAAAUAUAUAUUGUUAUUUCUUACAACCUUUUUGGUUUCUAGAGUUAUUAGUGCAAAUGUAGACAACUCAUAUAAAAUCGCAAUCAUAUGUAAUGGAGAACUUGGAGAUUUCGGUUUCAACUAUAUGAUUAAUGAUGCAAUGGUGAAAACUCAGAGAGCAAUGAAUACCACCAAUAUUCAUAUUUUCGAAGAUAUCAAGCCCGAGAUUUUCAAUCAGACCAUUGAUAGUUUGGUCGAGAAAGGAUACAACGGUAUUGUUACCACCUCGGUAGAAAUGACAACACCAACUCGUCAGUACGCUCAGAGAUAUCCACAAAUCAAAUGGCUGACUCGUGGAAGUUUGACCAAUACCACCAAUCUUGCUUUUUUCACUUACAACAUUGGAGUUUGUCAGUAUAUUAUUGGUUAUUUUGCUGGUUUGGUAUCCAAUACCAGUAUGAUCGGUUACGUUGCACCUGGAGCUCCACUGGUCAAUAACUACAAUGCCAAUGCCUUGUUUGUCGGUGCUAGAAUGGCAAACAACAACUCUGUCGUUCACACAUACAAUACUGGAACCUGGUUGGAUCAAGAUAUCUCGAGAGGUGCUGCCAAUUAUCUUUUAGACUUGGGUGUUGACUUGAUUAGUAACAAUCAAGACGAUAUGUCGGUAGAGGUAGAGGCAAUCAAGAGAGGAAAGCUUGGACUUGGAACAAAUGGAUUCCCCCAAGAGAAUGUCUACGGAGAACAUAUCGGUAUGUCUUUUAUUACUGAUUGGUCUCAUGUUUUCAUUAAUUUCACAAAUUGGGUUAGAAAUGAAACUAAAAAUUCCUACAAAGAUUAUGGUGACUUUGACAAUAAUUUCCUUAAAUUAGGAAAGUUUAGUUUUGUUGUUUCAGAUGAUGUUAAAACAAAAGUUGAAAAUGAAGUUGCUAGAUUAAUUACAAUUCCAAGAGCAAAGCAUCCUUAUUUAUGCAAUGAAUACAACAAAGCCAUUUUCCCAAAUCUCACUGGAAAUUGUAUUACCAAUGGUCAAUUCUUUGGUUUAGAUGCUCCUUAUGAGGGUAUGGUUUACCAUGGUUUCUAUAAAGUACCACUUGUAAAUAUUGGUGUAUCUAAACCAGUUCUUAUGGGUAUUACUAUUACCGCUGGUGUUCUUAUAUUCUUUAGUCUCAUCUUGUUGGCUGCUGUAUAUUAUUUCAGAAACUCUCAUUCCAUUAGAUCGGCAAGUCCAGUUUUCACCGGUACUAUUAUUGUUGGUGCCAUUUUUACUUAUGUCGGAGCAAUCAUCUAUGUAAUGCCAAACAAUGACGCCACUUGUAAUGCAAGAUAUUAUUUAUUGGCCAUCGGAUAUGCAUUGAUGGUUGGUUGUAUGGUAGUAAAGAAUUUCCGUAUUUGGUUAAUUUUCGAUAAUCCAGAAUUAAAGAGAAUUAAGAUUACCAAUGCUCAACUUGCUCCAUGGGUUGGUGGUCUCAUUGCUAUUAUGAUUGUUCUUUUGGCAUGUAUUACUGCUGAAUCCAUUGGAAACUUGAGAGCCAAUCCAUCAUUUGUUGAAGAGUAUCUUGGUAAAUAUGAAUACACUGAUAUUUGUGAUCUUCAAAGCAACGGUCAAUACCCCUUGUAUAUUCUUUUGGGUGUGUUUGCCAUCUUGCUAAUUGUUGGUGUAUUUGUAUCAUGGAAGAUCCGUAUUGUCGAUAUGGAGGAGUUCAAUGAGAGUAAGCCAAUCGCCCACACCUUGUACGUUGCCAUGUUGUCUAUUUUCAUUGUUAUCCCAUUGAUGGUUUCACCACAAACUCAAAACAGUGAAUCUACCAUCAUCUGUACAGCUGCCAUUUUCAUUACCACCAUUUCCAUGUUACUUCUCUUUGUACCAAAGUUCAUCAGACUGUUCAGACACGGUGAGAACUCGAGUUCUCAAAACAAGAGUUCCAUUGCAGCUUCAAGAAGUUCAAAGAAUUCCAGUAAGGUUCAAAGUGAGCAAUUCGAUGACGAAGAAUCGAUUGAGGGUCCAGAGCCAACCGAAUCUAGAAUGCCAGAAGGUCCUAUCCAUGCACAAUUUGAUAGUGAUGACGAUGAAAUGCCAGUUGGUGAUACCAAUAGUACGAUGACCUCAGACAUCAACACCGAAUCCCCUAAAAAUCAAUAA